AUGUCGUCGGCUUAUGAAAUUGCUAAAAGUGCCAGAGUUGCAGGUAAUAUCCUGAAGACUUUAUCGAAUGAGAGUCGUUCUUCUAUCUUAUAUAAAAUUCACGAUAGUUUAUCAGCUAAACGAGAUGCUAUUAAAGUAGCUAAUGAGAAGGAUUUAGCUGAAGCUGAGACCUCGGGUCUAUCGAGUUCCUUAUUGAAACGUCUAAACUUAUUUCAAGGAGAUAAAUUUGAAACUAUGUUACAAGGUAUCAAAGAUGUUGCAGAUUUACAGGAUCCAGUCGGACAAGUGAAACUUGCCAGACAACUAGAUGAUGAUAUGAUGCUAUAUCAAGUUACUGCACCAGUAGGUGUGUUAUUAGUCAUCUUUGAAUCUCGUCCUGAAGUCAUUGCUAAUAUUACAGCUCUUUGUAUUAAGAGUGGUAAUGCAGGUAUCCUAAAAGGUGGUAAAGAAUCUGUAAAUACUUUUAGAGAGAUGGCUCAAGUUAUUAAUGAUACUAUUGCUGAGAACGUUACGGAGACAGGUGUUCCAGUUGGUGCCGUACAAUUGAUUGAAACUCGUCAAGAUGUUUCCGAUUUAUUAGAUCAAGAUGAAUUGAUUGAUCUUGUUGUUCCAAGAGGUUCAAAUGCCUUAGUGAGAAACAUAAAGAGAAAUACUAAGAUCCCUGUAUUAGGUCAUGCUGAUGGUAUUUGUUCCGUUUAUGUUGACGAAUUUGCAGAUUUGGAAAAAGCCAAAAGAAUAUCCGUCGACGCAAAGACAAAUUAUCCAGCUGGUUGUAAUGCUAUGGAAACUUUAUUGAUAAAUCCAAAAUUGAACCAUUGGGAUGAUGUUCUAACAAAUAUGAUUGAAAAUGGUGUUACUUUACAUGUUACUUCUGAAGUUAGGGAUUCUUAUCAACAAAAGCUUGGAGAAAGACUUACAGAUGACAUGAAAUCUCAUAUUGUCGAUGUUAAUGAAAAGGAAGAUUUCGAUAAGGAAUUUUUGUCGUUUGAUUGUGCUGUUAAGUUUAUCAAGGAUACUCAAGCUGCUAUCGAACACAUCAAUGAACAUUCUUCAAAACAUACAGAUUCUAUCAUCACAGAGAACAACGAAAAUGCAGAUAAGUUCCUAAAGGGUAUUGACUCUGCAGGUGUCUACUGGAACGCCUCUACUAGAUUUGCUGAUGGUUUCAGAUACGGGUUUGGUACCGAGGUUGGUAUCUCUACCUCAAAGAUCCAUGCUCGUGGUCCAGUCGGUCUUGAUGGUUUAGUCACUUAUCAAUAUCAAAUCAGAGGUAAUGGUAAUAUUGCCGCUGAUUAUUUGGGUGCUGGUGGUAAUAGAGCUUUUGUUCAUAAGGAUUUAGACCCAACUAAGGUUAUCUUGUAG